AGUCACUAGUGCAGUACACAACGAAGACGCUCUCUUUCUCUCUCUGACUCCCCUUUCCACUUGCAUCUAUGGCCAAGCAAGUUUUUAUCUUCUUCCUCAUCGCCCUCUUAUCAUCCUCUUUCCAAAUUAAUGCCAGAGAAAGCCAUUUCUUCAACAAAGUCUCCAGCAGCAAUGCUGUCAACAGCGAAGCCCAGCAGGCAACUGCUGUUCCACAAAAGCAGGAACCAACUUUCGCCGUAGAGAAUGAAAACAGUUAUGGCCUUUUCAGUCAUGAGGCCGGCCAGCUUCCUCCUUCCGCCACCACCUUCAACCGCCAGCAAACCCACACCACCCCAACCCAAAUCUCGGCUGACAUUCCGAACAAGAAAUAUCUUCCCAAGAACUACAACCCUGUUGCCUACAUUACCGUCGCCGAAGACCGCACUUAUGACCCCACCGCCGCAGCCGCCGCCGGUAACAGCCAGAACACAGGAGACAAAGAAUCGAACUUUCACAUCGAAGACGCAAAUUUAUUGAGCAAGGACCUCACCCCCACUGAACCCACCGGCCGAAAAGAGUCAAGCAUGCCAGAUGGCACGUUGUUCGACGACAAGGAGUUCACUCCGGCCAGCGCCGCCGAUAACUACCAGGAGUCCACCACCACAUCUGCCGGCGGCGGCAACACUAACAACUACCUCGACAACCUAGAAUCAAGCGUGCCCGAAGAGAAAUUCACCGAGAGUGAGUUUCGCAACCAGCAGGAAGAAGAACCCUUCUCCGGCACUGGUGCAAACUGGGUUCAGCAGCAGGGGAUGAGUGACACGAGAUUUUUGGAAAACGGGAAAUACUAUUACGACCUCAACACAGAGAGAUCCGUGAGAAGCCCAUUUGAAAAUUCAAAAAGCUUUGCAAGAAACCAGUUGAAGAACAGCAACUUCAUGGAGAACAACUUGCAGGAUGUUGCUGAGUUCCCAGAUGAAGAGGAAAUGCCUUGAGAUCUGUUCUCUUUUCUUUCGUCUUUUCCUUUUCUCAGAUCUGAAAGACUGUUGUGUGUGUGAAAGUCCCAAAGUUUCCAAAGCAAACUCGGUGCUUUGUUCUGUGUUUAGCCGUUUAGGGGAUAUUGAUCGUUAUUAUAAUAUAUUAUUAUAAUACUCCGUAUGUUAUUACUCCGUAUUAUUAUUAUAGAAAUUGCUCUUAUUAUUAGGUAAAAAAGGAGCAGUUGGUCCCUUCUUCAUAGUCAAGAUUCGGUUGUUGAAUUAGGUGCGUAGUCUCGUGGUAUGCUUUUGACUUUUAUAUCUGGUGUGGUUAAGUGACAAACAUUUUACCAUAGUGCAAAAGCACACCCUUUCCAGUUUUUGAAUGUCACAAGGGUUUUAGUAUUGAGUUCUAAUCCCGGCAAUUGUGAUGAGAGGUUACUGGGUUAAAAAUGCAUAGUGUCUUUGCAAGUACUAGGGCCAGAGUCUCAUUCUCCAUCUACUAGUUUGUGAUUAAAGUCUAACUUAUAUUCUCCCAUCUAACUGUUCGGUUAGUGUUGGGGAUCACAAUGAAUC